UCGCUGAAGCGUGGGGCCGCACAUGCCAGUCCGCUGUAGGAUCGUCCCACCUGUCCUUUUCCUCUCCCUCCCAAACGCCUCGAAGCAGCAGCAGCAGCCAUUUCUGCGGGGAGGGAGAGCUCGAGCUCUUGCAGCCGUAGAGCUAGCAGAGAAACAAAAAUGGAUGCAGAUGGUAGCUCCAAGAGGAGUCGCCCAGUUCGUCGUGCCGUGAAGAAGCUCAAGUUUAAACCGAAAGUGCCACCGCAGAAGCCAAAGAAAUUGGCCACUGAAAAGCCACAACUGGAAGAACCAAAACCAAUUGAUGAACAGUUGAUGAAGAUACUGAGGACUCGCCAGGUGCCUGCAAACAGUGUGCCAAAUACAAAAGACGAGCGCUCAACACAGAAACCUCCCUCGACACCACCUUCUGCGGAUGUUGUUAGCUUGUCACCAGCGCAAUCAGGAGUGCAGAAGCAAAAUCAAUCGAAACCACUACAAAUCCCCAGAUCCUUUCCUGUUACUGUUGAUUCAGGAACAUUUGACAGUGAAGAGAGUAGUGAUUUUGACGACAGCGACGACGAUAAUGGCAAUGUUGAGUUGCAGGAGACUCAGCCAAGUUCAAUUGAAUGCGAAGCUUCAACAUGUCCAGCAGAGGAGCUUCAUUUGCUUCAGCAAGAACAUGAUAGCAAAGAAAGAAUGUUCCUCUUCAAGCUCCCAAAAUCUCUUCCUUUGCCCAGAAGGUCAUCUAAUAUAGUUGAAAGGAAAGGGAAGGCUGCUGGCAAAGAGGUGAAGGAAGGAUCCAACCUUCAGCAGCUGCCUCAGGGUUAUUUGGGCAAAAUGCUGGUAUACAAAAGCGGCAAGAUCAAAAUGAAGUUAGGAGAUGUCAUGUUUGAUGUGAACCCAGGAGCAGAGAGUAGGAUGCCGCAACAUGUAGUAGCUCUGAACACCCAAGAGAAACAUUGUUGCUUGCUUGGAGAGAUUGAGAAUCGGCAUGUCAUUGUGACUCCGGACGUUGAUUCUUUGCUGAAUGACAAGUAGAGGUUAGGUUGUGAUAUAUACAUCAACUGUAGCAGCUUUGUUACAUAUGGUGUGUAGGCUUGUAGCUGUGAAGGGUUAGGUUGUGAUCUGUACCAAUCGUAUUAAUCUUGUCACUCGGUGUGUAGGAUUUCAGUUGUGCAUGAUUAUGUACGUUUUAUUGUGAUUGUACUGCAUUAAUCUUAGAACAGUUUCUUGCAGAGUCGCAGUUGAUGAAUGUUUGUUAGAAUUUACAUUUGACCUUAGUAGAAUCGAAAGAAAUAAAAAUCAGACCAUCUUAUC